GUCAUCGCGCACGCAGCUACUCUUCAGCCCCAGCUCGAGAAGCUUGCGUGGGGCGUUCAAUAUGAGAUCGCUCGGGGCGUGACCUGCGGCCAGUGGAAGUGGGAGGAUCUGACUACCGACAAGCUGGGGCAGCUGAAAGGGUCGAACGCGGAAGCUGCAUACAAAGUGAUCCCUGUUAUGAGAGGGCUGCCGGUCCCUGACAUGAAGUCCUCGAAGCUCACGAUAUGGCGCGAGAUGGACAGAGAGCAGGCUGCAAUUCUGGAGAACCGCGGCCGGGGCCUCGGACUGAUGGGUGACUGGGACGAUCAGUCCAAUUGGUACGGCGGUAAGAUCCAGCAGGUCGUCCGCCUGAGUAAGGUGGAGGGAUCGAAAACCCCGGAGUACAAGAUUUCCCUCGACAAGCUCGAAAUGCGCCGCUCCAACCGUUUCGCGCGCUUCCUGGGCUCGCGGCGCUUGCUUGCGUUGCACGUGCCGGAUAAGCUGCUGAGGGAGGAGGGGGACGACAUUCGUGCGUUUCUCCGCUCUAAGUUCGUCCUACUAGGCCGCACCUUCGUCACUUUACAUGCAAAGGAUGGGAAGAUAUACAUGGUCGAAAUUUCGGAAGACUAUGAACGUCGGCCUAACACUCAGCAGGGCGAUAAUAAUCGACUGUCGCUGGAAGAAAUCAUCAGGUGGUACAAUCCCCUAGACCGGAAUCCCAAGCAGCCGAUCAGUAAGUGGACUACUCGGUUUGCUCUGGGAUUCUCGACAUCCGUUCCAGUGCUACAGUUCGAACCCCAGCACAUCAUCUUCAUUCGUGAUCGCUUUGCAGAGGGUUUUACAAAGGAAACUGCAGACGCUGAGCACACCAUGACCGAUGGCUGCGGCUUCGUGAGCGCUUCGGUACUACUGGAUAUUAAGAAUCGCAUGGGAUACAGCAAUCCCCCUACAGCGGUGCAGGGACGUAUCGCUGGGUCUAAGGGACUCUGGAUUGCACACCCGGAUCCCCUGUAUCGAGACCCGAACGGUCCCCGGAUUAUCUGGGUCCGAGACUCCCAGAAAAAGAUUGUGCUUCCAGAUUUCUCCAAUGUUCACCGAGCGCACCUGAUAUUUGACCUCGUCUGUCCUAACCGAUUUCUCCAUCCUGCGCGACUGUCCAUGCAGACGGUGCUCAAUCUGUCUCAUAACGGAGUACCGACUGAGGUCUUCGCCACAGCAAUGGCCGAUAGUCUACGGGAGGAAGUGGCGAAACUCACCAAAUGGGAUGGACCGAACGCGAUAAUGCUAUUGAUCGAUGCUAUCGAUAAAGCUGGCCGCGUUUCUGGUACCAAACUACAAAGGCUAGCGGGGGGCAUGAGCCGUGCACUUGGAUUUAGUGGUAGGGAACGCCGGGAGGACGUAGAGGAAGAGAACCCUUUCAAUACGUUUGACGACGACGGGGAUGAUACGUUCGAUGCUGAGUUUGGCUUUGACCCCCAAUCCGCUCCGGUUAGCGUGCACGAGAGCGCAGUUGAGUUACUGAAGGCAGGAUUCCAUCCCUUGAAGUUGCAGCUGCUAUGGGACAAAGUGAAGGAUAUCUUGAUUCGAAAGAUUGAGAGUGAGAUGCUUGGUUACCACAUUAACAUUGCUCAAUCAGUGGAAGUGUUCGUUGUUCCUGACCCUUUCCAUAUUCUGAAGGAAGGAGAAGUCUAUAUGCGAUCAAAUCAGGGUUUCGAGGGGAUGUUCACUGACACACUGGAAGGUCCCGUUCUGCUGAGCAGGAACCCUACGAGGGUGCCUUCAGACGUGCAAAAAGUCACUGCUGUGCGAUGCCCGCAGCUCGCUGAUUACAGCAACCUUCUUGUGGUCUCGUGCAAGGGGAAGCGCUCACUGGCCAGCUAUCUCGCAGGCGGAGGUACGGGAUACACUGUCAUGGUCGUAUGGGACCAGAAUUUUGUGCGGCCCUUCUGCAACGCGGACCUGGUGGUGCCCGAAGAGAACUUCAUCUCAGAGAAUUUCCAUCGAGAUAUUGAGAAAGUGCCUGACUUCCUUAAUCGCAUUGCGAGGCAGCGUCGUUCACAAUGCCAUAGCGAAUUGCUAAGAGUUCUGCUACAAGGCAUGGCAGACAGGAAGGUCGGAAUAUAUUCCAUGUAUCAUGACAUUACAGUGCACACCUACGGCCUCGCGGACGCGAGGACGGUACGCUUGGCGCAUAUGUUCACUCACCUCCUUGACUCGGAUAAGACUGGGCUACGGCCCAAAGAGGAGGUUGUGAAGGCCGAUCGCAGGCAAUUCGGCGCAGCUGAGCUCGGACCUUGCGUACUUUGCCAACUGAUGGACGCUGGCAAAGAGGAGAAGGAGCAACUCCUUAUCAAGUACAAUCAGCACAAAGACAAGCUGAGUGAACGCGAUGAGGACGUCAUCGGGCCAUGGGACGAUGCCAACCGACGUGCAGCAUCCAACGCACCAGGAGCGGAGGUCUUAAAGUCGGAUAUGGCCAUCGUGCGGGCGCAUGUUGACCGCGCACUCGAAGCUUGGAGAAACGUUUCUUGGAAUGACUUCGCAAAAUCGCCCAUUAAAAGCCUCGGGAAACGAUCCAAGGGCGGAGGCACCACCAAGAAGUCCCGGCAGGAGACCGUGGAUGGGAUUGCGGCUCAAUUCCAUGAGGCUCCUGCCGGGAUUUCGAUAGUGACGAGUGCGAACGAAGUAAGGCGGUGGAAAGUCGGUUAUGCUAUGAAACAGAAUCCGAAGUUCGCCUUUGCUGUUGCUUUCUGGGACGUCUGUGGCAUCAAGGCCGAGGCUAAAGGACGAUCAACUGCUACAGCUGCCAUAGCGAGCCUCAGCAAUAUCCCACCUUCUGUACUCAAAGUUCUCCAGCCCGCAGAGGACCCUUGA